CCCCCGCGCGUGCGCGGCGUGGAGCUGGCGCGGGGCCGCGCAGGCUACGGCUUCUCGCUGUCGGGCCAGGCGCCCUGCGCGCUCAGCGGUGUCCUGCGUGGGAGCCCCGCCGACCUCGUCGGCCUGCGUGCUGGAGACCAGAUCCUGGCUGUCAAUGAUAUUAACGUGAGAAAAGCGUCUCACGAGGACGUGGUGAAGUUGAUCGGCAAGUGCUCCGGCGUCCUGCACAUGGUGGUUGGAGAGGGCGCCGGUCACCUGGAGUCCUCCAGUGACGAGGAAGGCGCGCUCUAUGAAGGGAAGGGCUGGCUGAAGCCCAAACUCGAUUCUAAAGCAUUAGGUAUAAAUCGAGCAGAGAGAGUCGUGGAGGAAAUGCAGUCUGGUGGAAUUUUCAAUAUGAUUUUUGAAAAUCCAAGCCUUUGUAAGGGCAGCUCAGAGCCCUUGAAAUUGAAACAGAGAUCCCUUUCGGAGUCAGCUGCUAGUCGCUGUGAUGUUGGACAUGAAAGUGUAAAUAACCCAAAUCCCCACGUGCUUUCUAAGGAGGAAGUAUCCCAAGUUAUUCAUGAUGAUUCCGUUUUCAGUAUUGGACUAGAAAAUCAUGAUGAUUUUGGGUUAGAGGCCAGUAUUUUAAACGUGGCCAUGGUGGUGGGCUAUUUAGGUUCUAUAGAACUUCCUUCCACGAGCUCCAGCCUGGAGUCAGACAGUCUGCAGGCCAUCCGCGGCUGCAUGCGGCGCCUGAGGGCAGAGCAGAAGAUCCAUUCCCUGGUGACCAUGAAGAUUGUGCAGGACUGUGUGCAGCUGUGCGCUGACAAGGCCGGGGUGGUGGCUGAGUACCCGGCCGAGAAGCUGGCCUUCAGUGCCAUGUGUCCUGAUGACAGGCGGUUUUUUGGGCUGGUGACCAUGCAGACCAGCGAUGAUGGGAGCCUGGCCCAGGAGGAGGAAGGUGCCCUGCGGACGUCCUGCCACGUGUUUAUGGUGGACCCGGACUUAUUUAAUCACAAGAUCCACCAAGGCAUCGCUCGGCGGUUUGGGUUUGAGUGCACAGCCGACCCCGACACCAAUGGCUGUUUGGAGUUCCCUGCGUCCUCUCUCCCUGUCCUGCAAUUCAUCUCCGUCCUCUACCGAGACAUGGGUGAGCUGAUUGAAGGUGUGCGGGCCCGCGCCUUUCUGGAUGGGGAUGCUGACGCCCACCAGAACAACAGCACCAGCAGCAACAGUGACAGUGGCAUCGGGAACUUCAACCAGGAGGAGAAGAGCAAUCGGGUGCUGGUGGUUGACCUGGGUGGGAACUCCAGCAGGCAUGGCCCUGGUGGUAGCACUAUGUGGGAGGGUACUGGUGGGAGGGCCUCCCAGCCCUGGGGUGCCCCUUGGAAUGGGGCCUUCUGCCACGACCCUGAGGGGAGCUCCCCACUUGAGGUCACUCCCCAGACUGACAGAUUCUGGGACUCAAACAAGCACUUAGGACCAGCCUCUCACGUGGAGGUUCCCCCGGCCUCCUUGCGGAGCUCGGUUCCUCCUUCCAAGAGGGCUGCUGCAGGUGUUGGCGGAGGUUUCAACCAGCGAUGGCUCCCAGUCCAUGUGCUCCAGGAGUGGCAGUGUGGUCAUGCCAGUGACCAAGAGUCUUACACAGAUUCCACCGAUGGGUGGUCCAGUGUCAACUGUGGCACACUGCCCCCUCCCAUGAGCAAGAUCCCGGCAGACCGGUACAGGGUGGAGGGCAGCUUUGCACAACCCCCACUGGGCUCCCAGAAGAGGGACUGGUCCAGGAAAGCAUUUGGAAUGCAAAACAUUUUUGGUCCCCAUCGAAAUGUUCGAAAGACUAAAGAAGACAAAAAGGGGUCCAAAUUUGGACGAGGAAUCGGACUCACUCAGACGUCUCAGCGCCCCUCUACCCGGAGAUCAUUCGGAAGGUCCAAGAGGUUCAGCAUCACUCGCUCCCUGGAUGACCUUGAGUCUGCAACUGUGUCUGAUGGUGAGCUGACGGGUGCAGACCUGAAGGACUGUGUGAGCAGCAACAGCCUGAGCAGCAAUGCCAGCCUCCCCAGCGUGCAGAGCUGCCGGCGCCUGCGUGAGAGGAGGGUCGCCAGUUGGGCAGUGUCAUUUGAGCGUCUGCUGCAGGACCCCCUGGGUGUCCACUACUUCUCUGAUUUUCUAAGGAAAGAAUUCAGUGAAGAAAACAUUUUAUUCUGGCAGGCCUGUGAAUAUUUCAACCAUGUUCCUGCACAUGAUAAAAAAGAGCUUUCCUACAGGGCCCGGGAGAUUUUCAGUAAGUUUCUGUGCAGCAAAGCCACCACCCCUGUCAACAUUGACAGCCAGGCGCAGCUGGCAGACGACAUUCUCAAUGCACCUCACCCGGACAUGUUCAAGGAGCAGCAGCUGCAGAUUUUCAACCUGAUGAAGUUCGACAGCUACACGCGCUUCCUGAAGUCUCCGUUGUAUCAGGAGUGCAUCUUGGCAGAGGUGGAAGGCCGUGCCCUCCCGGACUCGCAGCAGGCCCCCAGCAGCCCCGCAUCCAAGCACAGCCUCAGCUCGGACCACUCCAGCGUGUCCACGCCAAAAAAGCUAAGUGGAAAGUCAAAGUCAGGAAGAUCCCUGAACGAGGAGCUGGGGGAGGAGGACAGUGAGAGGAGGCGGAGAGGUGCCUUCUUCUCCUGGUCGAGGACUCGGAGCACCGGGAGGUCCCAGAAGAAGAAGGAGCAUGGUGACCUUGCAAACGACUCCCACAACGCCAAUGGAGGCCCAUGCCGCCGAGAGUCCCAGGGAUCUGUAUCCUCUUCAGGGAGCCUGGACCUGUCGGAGGCCUGCAGGACCCUGGCUCCCGAGAGGGACAAGGCCACCAAGCACUGCUGCAUCCUCCUCCCAGACGGGACGUCCUGUGUGGUGGCUGUCAAGGCAGGCUUUUCCAUCAAGGAGAUCCUGUUGGGACUCUGCGAGCGGCACGGCAUCAACGGGGCCGCUGUGGACCUCUUCCUUGUGGGCGGGGACAAGCCUCUGGUGCUGCACCAGGACAGCAGCAUCUUGGAGUCCAGGGACCUGCGUCUGGAGACACGCACCCUGUUCCGGCUGGACCUCGUUCCUAUUAACCGCUCAGUGGGACUCAAGGCCAAGCCCACCAAGCCUGUCACAGAGGUGCUGCGGCCUGUGGUGGCCAAGUACGGCCUAGACCUCAGCAGCCUGCUCGUGAGGCUGAGUGGAGAGAAGGAGCCCCUGGACCUUGGUGCCCCCAUAUCAAGUCUGGAUGGACAGCGAGUCAUCUUGGAGGAGAAGGACCCUUCUAGGGGGAAAGAGAAUGCUGAGCCUGUCACCCCAGGCCUGGCACCCGGGCAAGCGGGUGAGUCCAACAUGCCGCCCGGGCAGGCUUUGCACCAGCUUUGCACUGGGGGACCCAUGGUGUGUUUAUGCACAGAUAAGCAGAAAGGUGCGCCCAGCAAACAGCACAGCACAGCUGUGAAUUCCAGUUCCAGAAAUCACACGGCAACGGGCGAGGAGAGGACACUAGGCAAGUCUAAUUCUAUUAAAAUAAAAGGAGAAAAUGGAAAAAAUGCUAGGGAUCCCCGGCUUUCAAAGAGAGAAGAAUCUAUUGCAAAGAUUGGGAAAAAAAAAUAUCAGAAAAUUAAUUUGGACGAAGCAGAGGAGUUUUUUGAGCUCAUUUCCAAAGCUCAGAGCAACAGAGCAGAUGACCAACGUGGGCUGCUGAGGAAGGAGGACCUAGUGUUGCCAGAGUUUCUUCGCUUGCCUCCUGGUUCCACGGAAAUCCCGCUCUCCACCCCAGCCAUGGCCCAGGGCAUUAGCAGGAGAAUUGCCUGGAGCAGCGGCAGGGAGACCUUGUCCCAGCCCAGCGAGGGACGAGUAUCCUCCCAAGACAGCAGCGACAGCCCCUCAACUAGCCCAGGCUCAGCCCACAGCCCCCCUGAGCCCCCUGGGACGACCCCACCGGGGCUGAAGCCUCCUAGUGGGCCCCCCUGCACCAGCCAGCCCCCUCCCCCACUCACACAGGAGGGUGCCACACAGAUCUGGAAGGGGCAGCCAUGGGAAGUGGAGGCCGGGGACAUCCAGACGGUGGAGGAUGGGCAGGGAGCUGACCUGACCCUGAUGGGGGAGGCCCACAUCAGCAGUCCCAACACCGCGCUCCUGCCACCGCCCCCUGCCCCCCAGGACUCGCCGGGACCUUCACCACCAGGCAUGUCUCCCAAGGGAAGCAUGAAAUUGAGCACGUGUGAAGGUGAAGUGCGCUCUGGAAGCAGAAUUCCCAUGAACUACAGGUACUAGGGAUCAAGAUAAGAGUCCCAACAUACUAAUGGCAGCCAGCAGGACAAGGUGCUUCCAGGACCCCAAGUGCUGUGGCCUAUGUGGCUGUCUCUGGAGAGACAGCCAGCUAUUCAGGGCAUCUGUCAUAGACGCUCGCAGCUGUGGACAUGAUGUUAUGAUCUGCCGUUGGGGGUGCAAAAUCAUCCUGCUCUUCCUGUGCAGUCUGUCCUGCCACAGGGUCAGCUCUUGCCGGACCUGUCACCCAGACCUUGACAGGGGACAGAGAAGGCAUGUUUCAACGUACGGCCUGUAUAUCUGUACAUAGCUGCUGGGUGGGGGCCCUUGGUCCUUUCCUGGUGAGCAGCACUGGGACGCGAGGCCCAGGUGUGGAGGCUUGUUUGUGGAUGCCGCCCUGUGCCUCUGCCCCCCGGCUGUCCCUCGCCUGUCCCCCGCCUGCUAACCUCUGUAGAUGCCUGCGUGUCACUCCCACUUGUGUUUUCUGUCUGUUUUUCUGAGAGUAAUAAACUCUAGACCUCA